GGGACCUUGGGUUCCUCGACGAAGAAGACGACGAUUCUUCUUCGAUCACAAGUUAGACGCGAUUUCGUCUUCUUCAGUUACAUCGUCUUUAGAUUCUGAGCUCGAGUUCGUAGUGGGAGGAUAUUGGAUUUAACAGUAUUUUAUAAUUUCUACUGGAUUUAAGCACCCCGUAAUUUUCGGAAGCUAGGCUAAUGAUGUCCCCGAAGCAAAUCUCCGACGAUCGAGGAUCUCCACAUUUCAGGCAUACCCCUUUCCAGAUAAUCCAUCUCAUCGGGAACUUUUUUAGGAUAUGGUCAGUUUAUUCUAUGUACCGGUACUUGAAUCAGACAGGAGCGCCUGUUGUUCUCUUUCUAUUCUGCUGUUUGGUGCCGUCAUCCAUCAUCUUCUUGAUUCUUCAGAAACCAUGGAAAGGAAGGGCACUUUCCAAUCAACAGCUACUAAUUUAUGAGGCGGCUUUUAUCAUUCAGAUUGUACCUUCUCUUAUCAAUGGAGUCAUCACAGCUCUAUACUUCAUCUUGUGGGGAAAGGGUCUUAAGUCUUGUGGACCGCUUAGAGCAAUCUUGUCAGAGUACUCUGGUGCUGUUCUUGGAGUACUUUCUGGAGUAUUAUAUGGACGGAGAGGCCAUGUGUGGAAGAAGGUAGGUGGCCUUAUCGCAAUGCUGGUAGCUCUUUUUUUCUUGUCUCAAGGAUGGGCGACAUCAACUCUUUCCCCUUUUUCAUCAAAAGAUAGUACUGAAAUUAAAGAGGAAGAAGUACUAACAGAACAAGCACUAGGUCUGAUGGGAAUGAUGAUACCCGUUUUUGCUGGAAUCUUAUCAGCAUUAAGGCGAGUUAUUGCACGCCGUGUUUCUCUAAAGAACCAGCAGAAGAAACGACUUCAUGCGAUAACCAUUACUUCUGCAACCUGUUUCUUGUUUCCUGUUGCCAUGUGGGACCUUAUCAUAGGGUCAUCUUCUGGGAAAACAUCUGAGUUGCCAUUUUCUGCGUGGGCUUUCCUUAGCACCAUUGUUUUCGGGAUCAUCCUAAUAUUCUAUGUCGACAACAUUGCAGAAGAGAGGUUGCAUAUGGUGUUUUCUUCCCCAAAGCAUUUAAUGGUCGCAGGUGCAUGCAUAAUAGUCAUGGAGAUUGCAUACGAGAUGGAUUUUUCUCUUCCAGGUUUCAUUGUCUGUUGCUUAGUAUUAGGGUUUGGAAUAUUCGAGGCAACAUCUCUAGAACGCAGCAAAAAAGACUCUUCGCUGAAAUCAGAAGAUCCAUCAAAUGGAAUCCUUGGUAAUGACUUUGAUACUUCUCCUAUUCUUCCAAUAUAGCCAAAAGCUGACAAUAUUUUCACCAUACUAACGACGUCGUACUACUAUUGAAAUGUUCUUGUCUUUGACGAUGUAAAUC